AUGGGUCCUGAGACCAUCCAAUCUAUGCGCAAAGCAUACGGUGGAACUCAAACUGCCUAUUUGACCCUCACGUCAGCUGCGGUGACGAAGAUCCUGGGAGAGGACGACCACGGGAAGAUUAAGAUCGGCUGGGUAAACUGCCGCAUACGUAGAGUACAGAGGCCGGUCAAGUGUUUCAAGUGCUGGCACUACGGACAUCUUGCCAGCAAGUGUAGGAGCGCAGUGGAUCGGUCGAAGCUCUGCGCAAGAUGUGCAGGAGAUGGCCACAAGGCCAAGGAGUGUCAGAAGGAUCCUCGGUGCGCCCUAUGCGCUGAAGAUGGGAAAACGGAGAAUUGUGCCCAUGUCGCUGGCAGCAGCAGAUUUCCGGCUUACAGAGAGGCACUCCAGAAGCUUGCUAACAAAAGGCGAUAA